AGCCGCCGUCCUUUCCCAUCUCAUGGUCAAGUACUCGGACGGCGGUCAAGUCGGUGCCUCGGCAAGCAAAGCAAGCAACACGCACCGCAACGCAAUCCCAUUUGCUUGCACGCAAUGUUGCACCGCCUCCGCCUUCUCUCUGAGUCCUCCACUGCCUCUGCUCGUUCUGGGGGCGAAACCUAGAAAUCAAUCAUGCCAUGAUAGUUCUGUUCGCGUCAAAGAAUACUACCAGCAAGUGACUAUCUAGUAUUAUUCAUACGCGCUCCUCUGAUUCGUGGUAUCGAGCAUUUCCUGGUGGAGCCCUCACCAUCCCCUCACUCACCUUUCACAGCCUGCCUCUGAUAGUGCCCUCGCUUCCCUCGUCUCUAUCAUCUCCCUCGCCUCCCUCGCCUCCCUCGCCUCCCUCGUCUCCCUCGCCUCCCUCGGUCUCUGGCAUCAUGGGAGGUCAGUUCGACGCGGGGCCCGUCCCCUUAUUCCGCGCGCAGCCGCGCCCCGGUUCCCGCCGCCGCCUCACCGCCACCCCGCCCCCGUACGCGCAUCCGCGCAUCCUCUUCACGGAGGCGGACCGCCCCGACCUCACGCGCCGGGCGCUGCAAGGUGGGGGGGGUUCCGACCCCCCCGCGCCCACGGCCGUUGCGCGCGUGGCGUUUGCGGAGCUCUCCGCGUGGGUGGAGCGCGUAGUGUAUGCCGCGGAUUCCCCAAUAAAGCAGAUCUUUGACGUGCUCGCGGGGACGCUCUCCCCGCAACGCCCCUGCGGCGACCCGCGCAAGGCGUUCGAGGGGCUCCAGGCGCUCGUUACCGACCCGGGUUCGAAACCUCCCGGCGCCGUUGUUCAGGGGGCCUUUUACACGCGGAUGUUCGACAUGGGAGUUGCCCCGGCGACGAAGAAUUAUGUGCUGAAAAAUUCCGGGAUCAUGCCGCCGCCUCCCGCCACCGACACCACCCCCUCUCUCGGGGUAAAAUUACUAUUCGCCUCGCAAGAAGCGGGCGUUCCGGGGUUUUAUUCGCCCGUGUACGACGCGGUGCAGAACGCAGCGUACGUGGCGUGGCUGCGCGGCGAGCAGAAGCGGCUGGAGUAUCUGGCGGGCGUGCUGGCCGUGGCGGCCGGCGUGCACCUGCUCUUCCACGCGCGCGGGUCGCUGGUGCUCGUCAAGGGCGAAGGCGGCUUCUGCAAGUACAACACGGGUCCCCGCAGCGACAGCUCAGCGUCCCCCGAGCUGGCGUUUGCCUACGACCUCCUCUUCACGGCCUCGCUCCGCGCCACGGGCUCGCGCGCACAACUCGCCCCCGUGCGGCGGUUGCUGCUGCGCAUGGGGCGCAAUCGCGUGGCGUCGGCGUUCAACGCGGACCCUUACCGCAUGGGCAAGGGCGCGGCGAUGAACCCGUUCUACACGGGGACGACCUUCCAGCUGGCCACGGCGCUGGUGCUGCUGGUGCAGUAUGCGGUGGAGGGCGAGGAGGAGGACGACUGGGAGGAGCCGUGGGACGAGGCAGAGCGGGAGGAGGAGGAGGAGCGGAAGAGAAAGGCGGCAGAGGGUGGGGGUGGGGGGGGUGCUGGGGGGGCCGGGGGUGGUGAUGUGAGGGGAUGGAGGGAGAAGGUGCGGUACGAUGCGGUGGCAGUGGAUCUGAAUGUGAAGUCGCUCUUCUACUACCUCACCUACGCUGGCGCAUGUGAUCCCACGGGCGUCACGCGUGAGUUCCCCGGCUACUUCAUGACCCCCAUGCGCCAGGCAGCCUUCCCCAUCCUGGCAGUCACCCGCCGCGGCCACGACAUGUUCGGCGACCUCACCAACACGUACCAGCUGCUCAUGGAUGUCUUCCAGACCCUCGCGCCCUGGUCGCUCGCACCGCCCUGCUUCGGCGCGCAGGACGGCACCUGCUUCUGCGGGGGCUUCUCCCAGAGCGAGUACUACCUCUUAGUUAAGUACCUCUUCCCAGGGGACCCCCUGACCGAUUUUGUGUACCAGAAGUAUAAUACGCAGCCACGGACAAAGGUGAUUGGGGGGUUUGGGGUUAACAAGAUGCCGUUUCAGACGUGUCUGCUGGGCAUGGAUGUCACGGCCAGGAAUGUAUCGUUCCUGCAGGUGGCCUCGGCGGCUGGCCUUCCGCUCGUGCUGUUUGCUAACAGGCUCGGCACCGGCACGGCUAGGUCCGGGUGGGGCGACGGCAGAACCGGUGCUGCUGCUGCUGCUUCCUGCGUUGCUGGUGCUGGCGGUGACAGGUGGGAGGAUGGUGGGUGGGAGGCAGAACUCGCCGCUGCAGCAGCAGCAGCGCAGCCAGGCGAAAAAGCUGCCCUUGCUCCUCCACCCUCCCCAGCCCCUGUCAUCCCUCCUCCGCGCAUCCCUCUGCCCUCCUCUUCCCCCUCUCUCAGCCCGCGUUCCGGUCCUCCCCAUGUCAGCACGGACGAGCAGGGCCUCCUCCUCUUCUUCGAGUGCCGCCCAGACACCUACUUUCUCGACCACUGCCACGCGUCGCGCAACGACUUCUACCUGCUGGGCUGCUCCCGCGCCUGGAUCUGCCCGGCUCCGUACCACAACGUGGAAAAUGAGGCGUGUGCGUCGAUUCUCAUUGACGGGUUGGGGCAGGGUGGGAGCCACACACUGGAGACGCAGGCCAAGGGGUUCCCGCUGACGUGGAGCUGCAUGCCGGGGAAGGUGGUGGCCACGUGGCAUGAGGAGCGCAUGAGCUAUUUUGCCGGGGAUGCCAGUGCCGCGUACCGGUUUGUCACCAAGGGAUGGCAGGUGCCUCGCCCUGCGGCACGCCCACAGGAUGACAACAACAUUGAAACCCCAUACGCGUGGAAGGACUUCUACUACCAGCCCGUGGACUUCGGCCCCUCACUGGUGCCCAAGAUCAUCAAGAAGGGCGCUGCUGGGGUCGACCCCGUGGUGGAGCCAGAGUGGGUGGAGGACAACGCGUGGGCAUCGUGGCACAUCUGCGCUCGCGAGGAGUUCAACCCCGUGCGCUACGCCUUCCGUACUGCCGCGCUCAUCCGACCCAAGGCCAGCCACGUGCACACAGGCACAUGCUCUGCUGCUGGGUCAGGCUCGGGCAACACCACAGGAAAGGACACCAAGACAUGCCCCGCGAACUCCCCGCUGUCGUCUUCCAGUGGUCCUGGCCCCGGCCACUCGUCGUCGCACCCAUUGUCGCGGCCGUUCGCAAUAAUAGUGGAUGAUGUUCGAAAGGACGAGAGGGCGCACACGUACACAUGGGUGGCCAACACCACGCAGCCGUACAUGGCCAAUGUGGGGUACGGCCACCGCCUCUUCCUGCUCACAGGCCCGCAGAAGCAGCAAGCAGGCGCAGCAGUGGCAGGAAAACCAGCGGCAGCAGCAGCAGCAGCAGCGCCAGCAGCAAGUGAUGUGGUGAUCAUCUCCCCAUCAGAAGCCAGUCGGUACGCCUCUCUGGACCCAACCACAGACGCUGUGUUCAUCCGGGGGGACGACGUCCACCCCAAGACACGCCACGCUCUCCCAGGCACGCCACGCAUGCUGCUCCGCGUGCUGCAGGGCGACGGGCACCACUCUGCACCCAUCCGGCUCGUGAAAGUGGAAGACAGCCACUCUCCCCAGGGGCCAGGGAGUGGGAAGGGGCCGUAUUAUGCUGGAGUGGCCACAGGCGCGGAGUACUGGCGGGUGGAGAUAGAGAGGAAGCAGGUGGUGGAGCCGGGGUUUAAGAUCAUGCUGCUGCCGUUUAUUGAAGGGGAGGAGUUGCCCGUGACACAGUGGCACAGGGGCCGAGGCAGUGAGGGAGGGGAUGGGAGUGGGGGAAGUGGUGGCGGGGAGAGAGAGGUUGUGGGCGGGAGAGGGAGUCUGGAGUUGUUGACUGUGACAUGGGGAGGAGGGGCGUGUGGAGGAGAAGGUGGGGGCGUGGGGCAUGAGCCUGUGGUGGACUUUUUACUGUUUGAGAAGGGGGGUGACAAUAGGACGCGAGUGACACUGCUGGAAUGAUGUGGGAGGCAGGAAGCGUGGUGGUUGGCUGACUGUCUGCUACCGUUUCUGCAUUGGUCGGCAUGACACUUGCUGUACAUCAUCUUCUCUAGGUGUACCGCAUAUUGUAUAUGUUGGAAAUAUCUCAAGGACUUAAGCGUUUCUGAAGUGUAACACUGUACUCGAGGAAGAUUACAGGGGAGCACGCGAGUC